ACUUCCAUUCAUUUCAUUCAAUGAUUCCUUCCACUUUUUCCAAUCCACCAUUCCUUUUCAAAGUAUUGAUUCUCCUCCACUUAUUACCAUCAUCUCUACAAAUUAACCACACAAAUUCAACUUCAUUCACAUCCCCCCCAAUGCCUGUAAACCCACAAAAGAAGCUUCAAAGGCUACCACACGUUUUCAGCCGGAUUCUUGAGCUCCCGCUCCGAUCACAGGCCGAUGUUUUCAUCGAAGACAGACCCGAUUGUUUUCGGUUCACAGCGAGUAUACAGGAUGGCAUGUUUUGUGGCCGGGUUCGGGCUUACGCCGUGACGAUUCAUCCUGGUGUGAUGAAGGUUGUUGUGAGGGGAGGAAAUUGUGGUGGGGUGGAAUUGUUGUUGGAGAAAUUGGAAGUUGAUGUUUGGAGGUUUAGGCUUCCGAAGACGACGCGACCGGAGUUGGCGACUGCGGUUGUUUCGGGGCGAGAGCUUGUUGUUACUGUGCCUAAGGGUGGACGGAGUGGACGCGGUGAGAGGGUUGAAGAGGAAAGGGAAGUUUGGGGUGGGGGUGGGGGGCGUCUUGUGUUUGUACAAUGAGUAUUCUAGCGGUAUUAACGUGUGUUGAAAAUAUAUGUCUGUAGUUGAUAAAUGCGUAAAUUAAUAGUAGAAUCAUGUAUGAGUUAGAAGUUCUAAAAAAAGUUAUAUUUUGAAUGGAAUAAUGGUCAUUGAAUCC